GUUUGGCACUCUUAAGGAAAUGAGACCAUAUUUUCUUUUUAUUUUUCUAAAUAUUUUAUACACAACGGUGUUGCUUCAAAGAUUAUGUUCCGAAAAGCCUCCAAGUGAUCAGAAUUUGAAAGAUUGUUGUUCAGAGUUUCCUAAUGUCAUAGAUUUGGCACUUAUUAAGUUCUGCAAUGCAAAUUUCUCUAGUAACACUCAACAACAGCAACAAACUAUUCAGAAUAAUCAAAUGCCAAAAGGCGAUUGUGUAUCUGAAUGCAUAACAAAUUCCACCAAAAUCUAUCGUGGAAACGGAAUGAUUGAUCGAAUACAUCUUGCAAGACUGCUUCUUAAUUCUGUCAGUGGAAAUCGGGAAUGGAGUUUAAUCAUAACAAAUUCUAUUGCUGUUUGCAUUAACGAAACACGUAUAAAAGCAGACGAAUUUCGUCAAGUGACUUCUAUGAGACCUUCGUUUCCAAAUGAAAUAUUAUGUCAUCCAAUAUCAGGGUAUUUACUUGGCUGUAUCAAUACGGAAAUGUUCAGACGUUGCAAAAAUAUUGCGCAAUCUUCUGAUUGCAGUAAUUUACAAAAAUACGCUGAAAAUUGUCACAUUUCAAUGAAAUAUCAAGAAAUAAAAAUGAAAUGA